ACCGGAAAGUAAAAAAAAACACGGAAGUGCUUUGUUUUUAUAUUACUGCCAGCUGUCAGAUUCAGCUUCGGGCUGCAGGAAUCAUUUCAAAUCUGCUAAUAAAUUAACCAGAGGUCGACGCAAACAUCCUCGGAGAUAGAGAGCUUUGUCGUAACAAUGGUGGAGCCCACAGCAUCUGGCGUGUUCUGCAACAGGAUGCUGAGCAUGGUCAACUCUGAGGAUGUUAACGCCAUCAUCCAGGCUCAGAGACACAUGCUUGACCGCUUUGAGAAAACCAAUGAAAUGUUGAUCAACUUCAACGGGCUCUCCAACGUGCGACUACAGCAGAUGAACGAGCGCUUCCUUCUCCACACUCGUACCCUCGUGGAAAUGAAAAAGGAUCUGGACAGCGUCUUUAGGAGGAUCAGGACACUAAAAGGGAAGAUUGCUAAGCAGUACCCUGAAGCUUUCAGCAAUAUUCAUGAAUCACCCAUCCUGGCGGACGAUGACGAUGAGUUUGAUCCAGGUCCCCCCAGUUCUGCCAGAACCAUCAAAAUAGCCACUUCGGAGCAAAGCACAGAGUCCUGUGACACAAGUCCAGAUGUGAUCUCACCCACUGUGAGCCGAUGCUCUGAAGAUCUCUCUCAAGAGCCGCCUGACACGCCCACCUCCGAUGGCUUAGAGACAGCUGUCCUGCAGGACGAGGGUCCGGACUCUGUACCUGCAGAAUAGAGUGAGCAGAAUGGGAAUGGAUUUCAGCCUCUUGAGCUUCAACCUUACAACGAUUUUAGCAGGAGGUCAUGAUGUACAUUUGAGUUUGUGUUGGCCUCAACAAUAUCUGCUGACUUUUCCACUCAUUAUCUGUUUGGAGGAGCGUCACAACCCUUGAUGUUAGAUGUGGCUAUGAACUGUUUGCGGACACUGGAUAUUUGUCGGCAUGAUUAUUUGUUUUAUGCCUGCAUAGCACUAAAAAAAAGCAGGUUAUACUUGAAGUGAUAUAGUGUCUCACUAUAGAUGUAUCUUUAGUACUGAAAGUAAGAAAGCCCUCCCUUAUGAAAUGGUUAUAGGCAUAUAGUGUUAUUUGUUGUUUGAAGAGAUGCACACCUGACUUUAGAAAUCUCUCAUGAUGUCUAUCAUGAUUUAUGUUACUUAAAAUACAUUAACGUUAUUAAUGUUCUCAACCUGAAUCACAGCUACUACUGUUUACACUAUUACAAUAGCAUUAUAAUGAAGCGUUUUAAUUAUGUAGGCCCCUUUAAAACAGGGAAAUAUGUUUGUUACUGCAUUCAUAAACAUUUUAAGCAGCAUUUAUUCUGAUGCUAUAUGUAAACCUGUCCACCUUGCAUCGCAGUGAAAAAGUUGAAUGUCAGUGAUUCAGCAAACUACUCAAGAACACAUGAGCAGGGCAGAGGCUCUUUGAGAGGAGAGCUGGAAACCAGGCUGUGUGGGAGGAGGGUCCAAUCAUCCCUUGAUCAACAUUAAAGAUACCGUUUUGGUGUAAAAGGGAAA